ACUCCCGGGCUCAGAGGCCGCUGGAGCAGCUCCCUGGGAACUUUCUGGAUCUUGGAAUUUGAAUCAUGGACGGAAGCCGAGUCUCCGACUUCAGCAUCGAGCGCAUCCUCUCCCCGCAGCUCGGACACAAGCCGCCGACGAUGGAGUGUUCACCGGACGGGUAUGUUCGGGGGAUCCCCGGUGGCUUCAGCCUGGACUCCCGGACCCUCAGAGGUCCUGCACCGGUCCCGGUGCCGGUGCCAGGCUACCUGCAGUGCCAGGGGCUGGGCUUCGGAGAGGCGUUUUACCCGUUCGGAGUCGGUUUCCAUCGCACAGACCUGAGCGGCUUCUCUCCAUCCUCCGGGGUCUACGUGCCCUGCAGCAGCCCGGACUCUGCAGAUGCGCAGCCGUUGCCAGGUUACCAAGGAUACCACCACGCCAUCACGGUGCCCGCGCAGUCGCAGCCGCGUCAGAAGGCCCGGAUGAGGACGGUGUUCACCGACAGUCAGACCAAGAGGCUCGAGGCGCUGUUCGAGCUCACCGACUACCCGGCAGCGGAGGCGCGAGCUGAGGUGGCGCGAAGCGCCGGGCUGAGCGAGGAGACGGUCAGGGUGUGGUUCAAGAACCGCAGGGCCAGGAGGAAGAGGCAGCGGAGCGGGUCAAAGGUCAAAUCCCCCUCCCCGCCCCCCUGCAUCGGAGCCGAGAAGAGCCCCUUCACCUCGUUCCUCUGAACCCGACGGGCUGUCCGCCUGCCGCUCAGAGGUCAAACUCGUCCUGCACUCAUCCUGCUCAGGGUAACUUCAGCAGGGGUCCGCACGCGCUGGACUCAAAGCUGCUCUGAUGAGACCGAUGAAGAGCAAACAGGACAUGUUUUCUUAUUGUGAUGAUGCAUUCAGGUGCUGCUGGGAGAGUCGGACACCCCAGGACUCACACGCUGGGGGACAGUUUAAGGAGAGCUGUUUGGCUGAAGCAGCAGUUGGAACCUCUGCAGAGAAUUAUUUUGUAUUUCUAAGUAAUUUAUUGAAAUCGGUGCAUUAAAGCUUGGUGCAGGAUUUAAACACUGGCACCGUUUGGAGGGAAAAAAAAUAAAUGCAGUUACUGUGAU